AUGGCCCCCAAGAACAAGAAGGGUUCCGACAGCAUCAACUCCAGGCUCGCCCUGGUGAUGAAGUCCGGUAAGGUCACCCUGGGCGUUUCUUCUACCAUGAAGUCUCUGCGCUCCGGUAAGGCCAAGCUGGUCAUCAUCGCUGCCAACACUCCUCCUCUCCGCAAGAGUGAGCUCGAGUACUACGCCAUGCUGGCCAAGACCCCCGUCCACCACUUCUCUGGUAACAACAUCGAGCUCGGUACCGCUUGCGGUAAGCUCUUCCGUUGCUCGACCAUGGCUGUUCUGGAUGCUGGUGACUCGGACAUCCUUACUGGCACCCAGUAA